GCGGGUUGACGCGCUCCGCCCACAAAAUGGCGGCCGCCAGGCGCCGGCCGCCUCACGGCCGCCUCGGCUCACCCGGACCGAAUUUGGCGUGGCCGUGAACGAGCGCUAGCCCGCCCGGGGGGUGUCCGGGGGAAGAAAGGGCAGAGCUGUCGGUGUCUCACAGGCGCCGGGCGGUUAGCGGCUGAGCUUGGGGCAUGGCAUGGCUGCUGGGCCCAGGAUGGAGCUUGGGCGGCUGGAGUACCUGCAGGCCCUGGUCACCGAGUUCCAGGUGACAGAUAGCCCAGAGGCCAAGGAGCAGGUGCUGGCAAACCUGGCCAACUUCGCCUACGAUCCCAAAAACUAUGAGUACCUCCGGCAGCUUCAGGUCCUGGAUCUCUUCCUUGAUACGCUCACUGAAGACAGCGAGACCCUUGUGGAGUUUGCAAUUGGCGGUCUUUGUAAUCUGUGCCUGGAUAAAGCUAACAAAGACUACAUCUUGGAGGCAAAUGGGGUAGAGCCUGUAAUCAACUGCCUCUCCAGCUCCAACGAGGAGACGGUCAUGUCGGCGGUCACGACGCUGAUGUACCUGACAACGCCGCAGUCGCGCCAGCAGACCACGGCUCUCCCGGUAGUGGAGUGCAUGCUUCGCUUCUCCCUCUCGGCCAACAGGAGGUUAAGCAAUCUGGCAACUGUCUUCCUGGAGGAUUACUGCACUCCGCCGCAAGUGGAAGAGGCCAGGAAUCUCAGCAAACACACAGCGGUGGGGAUUCCUCUCCCCAAGGACUGAAGCUGUCGGAGCAGCACGGAGCUGUGGAGAGGGACAACUCCCUCUCUUUUCCCAGCCCUCCACUUUCUGCUCAGCAGGUCAAGAGUCUGUUGAGAACAACAUUAAAGAGGGGAACCAGUGACACCAGCACUGGAUUUUAGUUAAUAAAGAGGAUGGUAGAGCACUAUCAUGUCAGUCAGGCCAAGCACACAGCUAAGACUGCAAGCAAAUAUUUCAAAUAAAACAGCUCAUGGCUGUUGGAGAGCAGGUUGCCAAGUGCAGCCCAGCAUCCAGCUUGCACAGAUAAUCCUUCCCAGCAGUUAGGGGUAUUUUCUGCUUGGGUUAUUGGGCAGGUUAUAUCCCCUCCAGUUGCUGGAUGGUUUUGCUGCAGCUCUUCUCUUCAACGUCAACUCAUAUGACUUUGAAACGUGACAUCAUAAACUUUAUUCCUCCUCCAGAAGAAAGGCAUUUCCUUGCCCUGGCAGUUUGCAAUCUUGCUGCAUCCCUUUGACACUGAAUAUGUCAUCCUAUCAUGGCAUAGGCACCCGGCUAGUAAAUGGCUACACAGGGCAGGCUGUAGCUAUCCUAUAAAUCAGGAAGUGGAAAGUUGUUUUUUUCUUUUCAUAACACUGGUGAGAAAGGUGAAGAUUCAAAAAAAAAGGGGCAGUCUGGCUGGUGAGAACAGCUGUCUUGUAAAAUCUUCUAAUAAAACAUUAACUUGAAUGCUGUGUAAA